AUGGCCUCUGUUGCAGCAUACAACACCAUUAUCUUUGGGGACAACACCUCUGGAAGUCCCUCACCACUGCCACCUGUCGGUGCACUGGUGGUAGUUCUAGCAGCUUCACUGGUCUUAGGAACAUCACACACCUUUGCCAGCCUUGACUCCUGGAGCUUUGAUAGCUUUAUCACCCCUGGCAAUCAUGAGCGCCUUGGAACUGGAGACCACAUUCUGGUAUAUCGUCAGGUGUUCAACUCCUUUGUGCACCCCCUGCCACUGCCAGUUUUUUCGGCAGCUAUCGACAGCAUUGCAGGCUGGGGAAGGAAACAGAUUGAAUUCCGGAUCCGAGACUUGAACACUGGGAAUUAUUACCCCAACACUAUCAGGUUGCCAUUGGAGAUAGUCCAUUUGUCUAGGUGGCAACAGAUGCAGAAGUUCCUGUAUCCUUUCCCCAGGAUGACCACUCCCCCUUCACCCCCUACCAGGCAGAGCAAGAAACAGGAUCUGCAAUCCAGGAGUGGUGGGAUCAUCGGAGAUCGUGUCCCCAGGGAUAGCGAUGGUCUCCCGAUCUGGGAUUGA